ACCCAACCGAACGAACGAACGCCAGAAAAUCUCCCGACUCGCUCGAUCCGAUCCCCAAAUCCCCCCACAUCUCAUGGCGACGAGCCUGUGGCGAGAGGCGAUGGGCGCCGGCGCCCCGGCCGCGGACGCGGACUUCCUGGACUACAUCGAGUUCUGGCACCAGCCCGAGUGCGCGGGGUGGCUGGACAAGCAGGGGGAGCACACCAAGACGUGGCGCCGGCGGUGGUUCGUGCUCAAGCAGGGGAUGCUCUUCUGGUUCAAGGACUCGGACGUCGACCACGCGUCCGUGCCCCGCGGCGUCAUCUUCCUCGCCUCCUGCCUCGCCGUCAAGGGCGCCGAGGGCGUGCUCGACCGCAAGUUCGCCUUCGAGCUCUCCUCCCCGGGCGAGACCAUGUACUUCGCCGCCGACUCCGAGGAGCACAAGGAGGAGUGGAUCAACUCCAUUGUCCUCCCACUUGCCGCUCCUGCAGGGACCACAUGGGAUGAAAUUUAUGACAAGGUGGACAUGCUGCGCGCAGGGUUUGGAGCAGAAGGUUUAGAUCCUUAGCCAAUUGGUUACAGAUUCUAGACUGAUCGAUCAGAUCACAUCAUCUUGAGCAAAGAGCUGCGAGAGUAGGCUAUGUGUAGCGUGUUGGUGUCGGUGUGUCGCUGUGGAUGUUCGCAUUCGUUGACGGAAUUAUAACUCUCAUCCUUCUACUAUAAAAAUAUUAUACGUUA